AUGGGCAUCUUAGGUGACUCUAAUUCAGGAUUGACUCUUGGAAAUGUAGCUCAUGCAACCUAUUCAGCUAAAAACCCUAACCCUAUUGAGCAAGCAUCAGUAGGGUUUGUGACCCACAAACCUUUCGAUCUUUGCCCUAGGGCGCUAACUCCACCGGUUUCAACAUCUCAUCCAUCUUCUUCAACUGGAUUUGGGGCUAAUAGUCCAAAUUCAAACAAGAAGCUUCAUCUGGAAGCAAAAGAGCAUGUCGGCCAUGCUCUGCAACAAGAGGUAAAUGUCUCGAACCAUAUCCCUAAAACCUUAAUCAACGCCAGAGGUGCUACAUACUUAGAAGGGGAUCCCAACAUGGGAUAUAGUGAGGAUGAUACUAAACCUAGGCAUCCUAUCUCUCCCAAACAUCGGCUGCAUCAGUCGUUACCUACACACUCUAAACCGACUCAAAAUCUACCUAAACCCAAGCCUAAAAACUGGGCUUCCUUACUACAAUCCCAAAGUCCUUCAAUGAACAUGAAACUAGAAUUCUUUCCUGAACUUUUAAGAGGGAAGCAAGCCCAGGUUGAGAUUGACAUCAAACUUACUGAUGUCGGUAAGUGGAACAAAUACUUAAUGGGUCAUUUCCUUGAUGGGAAAAUGCUGUACCCCUUAGUUGUUUCUACAGCCAGGUAUCAGUGGAAGGAACUGUUUGUGGCUGUUAAGCCGGAUGUUGGAGGAUGCUAUCUCUUUGAAUUUAGAGAUGAACAAGCCAAACAACAAGUAUUAGAUGGUGGUCCAUACUUUUUCUCACAAAAAUACCUAGUCCUCAAAGAUUGGCAUCGAAUGAUGAAACCGGUUAAAGAGCAACCUUCUCAUGUUCCAGCAUGUAUUAGAUUGCGUAAUCUGCCUUUAGAGUUAUGGAAUCAAGAGUGUUUGAGUAGGGUGGCUAGUACCAUAGGUAAACCAUUACAUGUAGACCAAGCAACCGCUAAAACCUCAAGGCAACUAGGUCUCCUCCAAACUAAGUCAACCAGUGCUAGAAUUUGCAUCGAGAUUAGUGUUGAACAUGAACUUCCUGAAGAUGUGAGAAUGACUGUGGAGGGAGAGUCAGUCAUGGUGCCUAUAGAAUAUCAAGUAUUGCCUUUAAUGUGCAAGCAAUGCCAAGUUUUUGGCCAUUCUACUGCUCAAUGCUCUAAGAAGUCAUCCUCAACAUCCAGUCAGCCUAAUCAAGAUGGGACCAUAGUGAGUAAUGGCACACACAGGAAUCACCCUACUCAGUUAAACCCUUGUACUACGUCAUCUGCCUCACCUCCUUCCUCCAAGCUUGUUGCCACUCCUACUGUAGAUGAUUCAAAGGAUGAAUCGAAAAAGGUGCUUGAAAGUAUAGUGAGCAGUUCUCAAGAGACACUGAUCUUGUCCCAAAAUGAAGUACCAAUCCCUCAACUAGAGGAGGCUGUCAACACUCAUAAAGAACUAGAUUCAUUGUCUCAACAAAAGCUUCUAGUCACUCAUGUACACAAUGGCACCUUACAAGAGGAGGAUGGCAACAAUAAGGUAACAACUUCCUUUAGUGAGCAGAAUGCAGCAGUAAGCCCGAUUCUUGUGGGUCCAGUCUCCAGAUCAGUAGCUAAGAAAGCUACCAAAAUUGUUGCUAAACUGAAGGAUAAAGCACCUCCCGACUCUAGUGGCAUUUCAGACAUCAAGCUAAUGUUGGGAGGGUCUAACAAAGCAGGGCAGUUUGGGAGGCAGAAGAACUCUAAUUUAUAUGGAUUGCUUAUCUAUUCAUUUUGGAUUUUGGAACCUAAGGGGCAACAAUUGUGGUCAAAUUUACAACAGCUUUGUGUUGUAACCCCUUGGGUAGUUUUAGGGGAUUUCAAUGCAGUCAAGAAUCCAACAGAAAAAGUAGGGGUAGAUAGAUCUUGGUUGCCUUGGGUGGAGGAGUUUAAUUCCUGCCUCCGAUCAACUGAAUUAGUUGAUCUUAGAUACUCUGGUUGUCACUACACUUGGUCUAAUAAACAACUAGGGGAUGCCAACAUUAGCACCAAGAUUGAUAGGGUUCUGGUAAAUGAAAGUUGGAACAAAGAAUUCUGUUGGUCCAAUGCUCAUUUUCUCAAUCUUGGAGUUUUUGAUCAUUCCCCUGCUGUUGUGUACUUGACAACUGCCUCACCUCCAAGGAAAAAACCGUUCAGUGAAUUGUCCUCAAGGGUGGCUUCCUAUAAACAACAAUUGGAAGUCAUUCAAAGAGAGUUGGGUUCCAAUCCUAGUGACCCCGCGAAGCAGGCCAUUGAAAGGGACCUAUGCAAGCAGUACCUAGUGUAUGCUAGGGUUGAAGAAAGUCUAGCCAAGCAAAAGUCAAGGAUUCAAUGGCUCAAGUUGGGGGACCAAUGUACUUCAUUUUUCUUCAAAACCAUUAGUAACUCUUGGAAUAGGAACAAAAUUUCUAGUUUGAUUUUGGAGGAUGGAUCAGUUACCUCGGACAUUGAGUUAGUGAAGCAUUCCUUCAUUAACUACUACACAAAAUUGUUAGGGACCAAACAUUUGAGUGAUUACUCAGGCUCAUCCAGAGUGAACCAACUCAUUACUAAGAAACUCUCCCAUUCUCAAAGUUUGGAUAUGGUGCUUCAACCUGUCAUAGGCCACGAGGUGACCUCGGUUGUUAAACUUUUCUUCAGAUCUGGUCAACUUUUGAAGAAGGCAAAUGCUACCUUAGUUGCCCUAGUACCUAAAGUCCCCAAUCCCUCUAAGGUGGGGGAUUACAGACCCAUCUCUUGUUGCAAUGGUAGGAGAAUAGCCGAUAAUAUAUUCCUUACUCAGGAAUUAAUGAGGGGUCACCACAAACACUCUUCAUCCCCUAGAUGUGCCAUGAAGGUGGAUAUCAUGAAGGCUUAUGACAAUGUCAGAUGGGAUUUCCUCUGGGAUGUCCUAAUUUCCAGGAAUUUUCUUCCUAAGAUAAUCCAAUGGUUGAAAGCCGGUGUUUCUACAACCAAUUACUCAUUGUGCUUCAAUGGUGAAGCAAUAGGGUACAUCCCUAGGCGGAAAGGUUUAAGACAAGGGGAUCCUUUGUCCUCUUACCUAUUUGUAAUAGUCAUUGAGGUCCUGACUUGCAUCCUCAAGGAGAAGUCUCGCCUCCCUGACUUUAAAUUCCAUUGGAAAUGUGGUUCCCCCAAGCUAGUCAAUCUUUGCUUUGCAGAUGACCUUAUGAUUUUCUGCAAAGCUUACCACCAGGAGAUUUGGAUUCACAUCAUUCAGUUAGCAAAUCGAUUGGACCAGUCACAUUCAAAGGUCACUAUUCAAGGGGUUUAUAGGUUUAUCUUAGCAGGUAUAUACUUUAAUCUUUUCAGAGUUCCAAUUUUGAAGUGUGUACCUACUAUAUCGUGUGUUAUCCUUGUGAGUUGUGUGCUUGGGCCUCAUCCUUCUCGUUUGCAAGAGGAGGUAAUAAAUAGCAGGGGAUUCAUGUGA